AUGCCCGGUGUCGUCAUGGACAAUGUCAACAUCGAGGGAUCCAUCCGGCGGCCAGGCCUUGAUGGUACCAGUAACGGCAUAUCAAAUAAUUUCGAAAAUUCCGAAAAGUCGAUUCACGGCUCCGGCAUGAACGGCUCGACACACAUGAACGGCGCAUUACAACAUACGCGGAACACGGCAGAUAAGGGAGGGGAACUUGGGCCAGCAGUUCCGUUUGAACUCCCUCACAUCACCCAGGGAUUCUUUCCGUUUGGUACACUGGUCAACCGCUCGGUGCAGCAAUGCUGGAUCGAGCUUUCGGAACUGAUCACGGAACUGUCCGCGAUUGAGGUGCCGCUAGCGAAUGGGAAACCAGGGGGCAAUCAGUCACAAGAAAACGUGCUCAAAAAGUCACGGAUUCUCGAAUUCGCUCAUGACAAGAGGGCCGAGUUCAUCAAGCUCCUUGUCCUUUCACAAUGGAGCAGAUCUGCUCCAGAUGUGAGCAGACUUAUCGACAUUCAAAAUUUCAUUCGCACACGACACCAAGCAUAUGACUCGGCUCUUCAGUUUGUUGGUGAAGUGAAAAGGGACCUCGUCCGAGCACAAGUUGCCAACCCAGAUUUGAAAACGGCCCUGGAGGUCCUUUCGAAGGGACGGGUGUCAUCUUUGCCCACUCUUGGCUACAAACCUCCCAAACCGCUUACAGCGCGGGCAACCCUCAAGAAACUGCUUAAACUCAACAGAAUCAUCAGCGUACGACUUGCAUUACACGACACGGUGCCAUUUGCCUUGCGCAACUACCGGGUCCACGAUGGCCGCGUCACUUUCACAAUUCCUGGUGAAUUUGAGCUUGACCUUUCUGUUGCCGAAGAGUCAGAGACAUCACAGUUCUUCUUCGUGGAUAUCCGUUUUCUUUUCACACCGUCAUCACCAAUUCCCAAAGGUCGAAUUUUCAAUGAGUUAGACGCCAGAAUCAAUGAGAUUCUCCGGGAUGAUGGGCUGAUGGGCUGUUUUAAUUUCCUUCAUGGUUUGGUUCUCACCAACAAGAUUAACAUUCUCUCCAAACAAGCCAUAGAGCUCGCAAGGGGCAUUUGGGCGGAGACUUUGCGCAUUGAACUCUUACACCGAACACUUGUCGUGCAAUAUUGGCCACAGAGAUCUGGACCCAAAAGUUGGCUUGAGAUUGGUGUCAAGAGCGGCAACCGCCCCGGAAACUCCAGUGAUUCGAAGCCUGGUGUAUCCCAUCUCGGUCUCCGCUGGAUGCGUGACGGCCAACAAGCCAUCAGCGAUUCCAUCGAGUUUGACACAAAUGACCUCUCCAUGGAGCACAUUCUCAGGAGCGUCAUCGCAUUACACACAUCACAACUGCUCUCCACCGCAUUCAACAUCCUCAAAAAGCACCUUCUCUUCUCAACCCACAAACUAUCACUUAAGGCUCAAUUAUCAUCCACCGAGCCCGGAGAUUGCCGACUCGACGUUCAACUUACAACCUCGCGUUCUCUCCGAGUUUCGAUAGAACCCAUGUCCGGCUCUAUCGUUUUCUGUGGGGCACCAAACGUAUCAGAACGUCUCGAUGGUGACCGAACUGUCUACAAAUCAUCCAUAGAAGAGAUCUUAUCCCGCAUCGCUAAAUUACGUUGCAUGACCGCGUUAAAUGAAAUCGAGACUGGCACCAAGGCUCUUGGUCUUCAGUCCGUGAAGCAAACUGCACUUGGGGUUGAUCCUCGAAAAUUAUUCCCUCCGGGUGUGAUGCGCACAGCCUUCUUCACCCAUCGACUUUGGAAUCGACAGUGGGUUGCUGCCGCGACAAGCAGCAUGGAUGGUGACCGUUGGUGGCUUGUUCAACUUCGACCUGCUGGUGCAAAGAAGCCGGCGCCAUAUCCAAUCAUUCCCGACGCUAGCACAGCCCUUCCGAGAGCUCACGCCGUCAGUGAAACUCUGAUUCCUCCAAAUAAACGACUCGACUUUUCCACCUUUGCGGAACUGAUUGAUGGGCUCACUGGGAUCUUGGCCAUCCAUGCCAAUGCACGUUAUCUCGCAGAUCUGCCAGCGAUGCAUUUCUGGCCGUCUCUCAAGGACUUACAGCUGGGACCAGAUCUUGCUGUUCCGGAUCUCUUGUUCAACUAUAACUCUUCAACAUUGCCAGCUGCAUUGCGAAUGGCACUGCCUUUCAAUGUGAAUAAGCAGGCAUCGUUCAAGGAGAUGAUUCGACUUGCCUUCCAUGGAAUCGACACUCAGAGCAAAUUGGUUAUGGUAGUCGCGCGCGGUACAUUCCAUCGGCGCAUACAAAGCUUGAACAGCCUUGUUUCUCAGAUUGAUUCUUCGUUGAUCAUUGAAGACAAAGGUGCUGGCUUUGCGCUUCGCCUACUAGUUCCAGCAGGACACUCGGUGAUAGUCUCCGUUUUCGAACGCUUGCAGCGACUCGAGUGUGUCAUUGCUAUCCUCUACUCGCUUAUAAAGAAAGGAUUCCAACCCCGCUCUUUAUCUUUGUCCAAGGUUGCCUUUACCUACGGGAACGAUACGAAGUACUCUGCUUCCUUUGAAGUUGGCGUUCAAGGGCCUUCCUUGUCUGAUCACGUCGAUGUCGCUGGUGCUAUCUCUACGAAAAAGCCUCUCUUCCAACUAAACCUCGGCGUCAAGUUCGAAACCUCGAGCCCGCAUCGCCGAAUUCAAGAGGCACUUACCGUUGAUCUAAACAACCCGACCACUCGAACAGGCGUUGACCAAACGAUCGAACUCUUAUCUAUCACCCAUCGCUUGUUGAUGUCUUUCGAUGAGCUCUCUUCCUCGACUGCGACGGAUUCUUCCAUUGUGAUCGUCACUGUGCGCAGGCCGACCGAGUACCUGAUUCACUAUCCCCGGUUGAAGUCCCGCUUUAAUCUCUGCAUAAGAACCCACCGAGAUAAGCCGGUCUGGUUACUGAGGGAUGCGAACGGUAUGGACCAGCAUGGCCGUAGUCAAGUCGUGGCUGCAACAAAAGAGAAAAUCUACCAAUCAAAAGGCGAAGGCUGGGCCGGUCUUGGAGACGGUGCGACGGCCAGUACUACCAAGAUUGGAAACCUCGUCCUCGCGCUGCAUGAGUGCAUGAACACCCCCAAUCUUCAACUGGACGAGAUUGAGGCCAAACCUCAACAGAUCCCAGAACAACGCACGCAAGGUGUGAUAUCGGCGCCCCCACAACAACAUCCCGUUGGCAUGGGAGCUUCCGAUGUCAUUACGAUUGACUAG